AUGCGGCUCCUCCAGCUUCACGACGGCGAGCUAAAUCUGACCCCGGACUUGACCCGCGACAUUCCCCCCUACGCGAUCUUAUCACAUACUUGGCGAGCCGACGGCGAGGAGGUGACUUUCCAGGAUGUAUCGCAGAAAAAGUUGGGAAACAAGCCGGGCUAUCAAAAGAUAUUGUUCUGCGGACAACAAGCAAAGCGCGAUGGACUCGACUACUUCUGGGUGGAUACCUGCUGCAUCGACAAAACAAGCUCAGCAGAGCUAGCCAAGGCUAUCAACUCCAUGUUUCGUUGGUAUCAAAACGCGACAGUAUGUUAUGCCUACCUCCAGGAUGUUUCCGCAAUGCCGGAGCAGAACGGCCAGACCUUGCAUCCAUGGGAUAGCCAAUUUCGUGGAAGCAGGUGGUUUACACGAGGAUGGACGUUGCAAGAGCUUCUGGCCCCCAAAUCAGUCAAGUUCUUCUCAUCGGAAGGCAUCUUGUUGGGAAACCGGAUGUCCUUGGAAAAUGUCAUCCAUACUGUGACAAAAAUACAUAUCUCGGCGCUUCGCGGCGAUCCGCUUGACCGAUUCCCUAUACUACACCGAAUGCAGUGGUCGAGCGGCCGGUACACUACAGAGGAGGAAGACGCCGCAUAUUGCCUUUUGGGCAUAUUCGACGUUUAUAUUGUACCGAUAUACGGUGAAGGCAAAGCAAACGCAAUGAACCGGCUGCUCAACGCGAUCCAGGAGCGAACAGGUAUCCCAAGUUUCCCAGCACAGCCUAAGCAGUCAGAAUCAUCGUCGAGCUCACCGGCAAAUCAAGAAGCACAUUUCCCUCUGCCCUCCGGGCGGGAAAAUGAGGUUAUGGGGAAGAAGCUUCCUCUUGAUGACCUGGUGGGACUCAAGUCAGAGUUAGACCGUCGAACAAGUCUCCUUGAGGAGAUGACAAAAGAAGUUUCGUCACUUCGUGAGCUUAUUUCAGAAAAGGACGAGACGACUCAUAAUCUCAAAGAAAUGACUAAACAGUCGGGGCAAAAAGAUUGUGAGCCGUCGUACGAAGAUAUUGUCAAUCGGAUCCUUGAACUCAAGGCUGCCAUCAUCAGUUUUUGCAGGAAAUGUCUGCCAUUGGGUGUCAAGUUUCAAUCAAGAAAAGGUUCCUCACCAGAUAUGAGCGAACUUCUUAUGCGUUCCAACGUAGCUCAAGAGAUUCAUUGGGUCUUCUUCCAUGAAAGAAACCAGCUUUUUGGUCAUUUGGACAACCAGCAAUAUCGUGAAGAGUCCAAAGACAGGAGCUCCUACCAGAAGAUUGAGGGUAUAUUCACUAAACAUUCAGAUAGUGAAGUGCUAGGUAAACUUCGCAAACGCAUGAAUUAUGAUGGAGAAGUGCUGACAUCCAAUUCAGAAGACGAAAUUAAGAAAUGGCGCAUCUCUACCAUCAAUUUGGCAAAACGUAUUAGUCGAGACCAGAAUGCAUAUCCUUUCUUUCAGGCCAGAAAAAUCUGGCCGCGCUUGUAUGAACGCAGCGCCCACUUCCAGAGUAGGAGUGAUCGGCGUGAUCAGCCGCCAGAAACUUUGUUUGAACUAUGCAAGAUUGCCUAUGAUCUUGCCCUGCUGUUCAGAUCGUCUUAUAUCGACUACAAAUGGCAACAAGAUAUCGGUCUCAUGGCUAUCCAGCCCGAUGACGCUGAAGUUAUUGGUAGCACGGGCGUCUUGUAUUCUGCUGCUGAUGAUGGGUAUAGAGUGGGCUGUGUUGUCUUUGGUGGCGUAGUUAGAGGGAGCCGAAGUACCGGAAAGAUUCGUGACGGUCCAAUUACGCUGACAAGGCCGGCUGUGGUGAUAGACUACGUGAAGAAAGACGAACGAAGAUUGAAAUAA